AUGUCCGUCGCGUGCGAAACCCCGCGCGCGACGGCGCGCGCGACGUCGACGACGCGAGCGCGGACGUUCGUCGUCGACGUCGACGCGGGCGUGCGGGCGUCCGCGGACGAUUGGAGGGCGUCGAAGCGACAUCGGGGCGAGGGCGGCGAGACGCCGAGCGACGGCGCCCGAGGGGCGCGCGGCGGCGGCGUCGUCGACUCGAAGACCGGAGACGUCAUCGCGUGGAACGUCGGCGGGGAGUUCGGUGGAGACGUGUGCGUGAUUAAGAGCACGCGCGGGUGGGCGGUGCGCGUGGUGACGCCGAGCGCGUUGGCGCCGUCGUGCGCGUGCGCGUCGGACGGCGAACGGGUCGACGUCGUGUUGGCGACCGCCGAUGGGGCGUUCGUCGUGCGCGUGCGCGUGCGGUUGGAUGGUGAUUUCGAUGACGAUGGAUCCUACGAAGCGAUCGUCGGUCGGGCGCCGAGCUCGAUGAGUGGGGUACAGAGAAUCGGGGCGUGCGGCGCUGCGGCGGCUAUUUUGUGCGACGCGAGCGGAUGCGCGAUCGUUCGAACCGAUAGGUUAACCACGGUGUGUGAGCUUCAGACGUCGACGCUGAGUCGAGUUUGGAACACAAUCAAGGGUUCGAGCGGGCAGGCGGUGGUGGACGUGACCCCUCGGUGCGUGCGCGUCGGGGCGAAGGACUUGGUGGCCACGCUCUCGUCGGACGGCUUCGUGCAGGUUUGGGACGUCACAAACGCCAUUCACGCCUCGCAAGCCAGAACAACCGAUGGUUCGCUAAAACCGGCAACCGCGAAGGUCUCGCGCGUGUGCGGAUCGCACUUGCCUCCCGCACCCGGGACGAAGACGCCCGCGCCGGAUCGCGUGGCGACGUCGUUCGCGUGCGCGCCGUCGGAGAAAGGUCUCACGUUGAACGUCGUAGUGUCCUCUAGAUUAGCGCCAGUGGAGGCAGACGACGAAGCCGCCGCAGCAACGACAACGAUCGAAACAGCUGCGGAUGCCGCCACCUUGGCGUUCUACACGGUCAAGCACGGCGCGUUGGCUUUCGGGUCGUCCAUCGAGGGAUCCAAGGGCGUCGCUCGUGCGCUCGCGCUGACGCCCGAUAGCGUCGUCGCUGCGCUCGAGAAUUUCGACGACGACGACGCAUCGUCCACUUCGACUUCGACUCUACUGUCCUGGCCGCUGGACGCGCUCCAUCGCGCGCGAGAUCUUCGAUGCGGCGACGUCGAAGCCAACGUGCUCGCCGAGUGGGGGCACGCCGGUCGAGGCAACGGCGCGGCGGUUGAACUCCUCCGAAGGUUUGGUAAGCUAAAUGGGUACACUGCGGCCUCUGUGGCGAACAGCUUAGCCAGUGAAAUCGCUCUACGAGGUUUGAGCUCGGAGCUGGCGUUGCAAAAUACCUGCGAUGAGCUCGGUUUGGACGAAGCGAAAACCGCGAGCGACGCGCUCGUCGCCGCGGCUGGGGCGAACGCCAGCAUCCAGCGCGUCGUGGAGACGUGGUGUCGCGUAGCGCCUACGUAUGCUCGUGAGUGGUCGCGCGCGCACGCGCCGAUGGCCUUCCUUUUGGACACGGACGCGUCGUGGUCGUCGUCCCUCGUGCUACUGCGCGCGGGCGACGCGCUGGGCGCCAUUCGGGCAGGCGACGACGUUGAAGAGUCUCUGCUUCGCGCACAAAUCACGAACGAGGAUUCGCCGAUGUUGAACUUUAGUGGUGGUAAACGACAAGUGGUGUCGGCGCUCACCGCUCUGUUUGCGCGUUUGAACAGCGUUCUCGGUAGCUCGGCGUGCUCGGCGAUGGAUUUAAUCGCCGGUGGAUUGUGCGUGGACACGUCAACCUCAAGCAAGGCGACGGCGUUCGACAAUUACGACGAAAACAUCGAAGCGUCGAGCCACACCACAAAAGAUUGGCUUGAGUCUUUCGCUGGAGUGUUGAUCGGUGACGUCUUUCCAGCGGUGCAGAGCGACGAAACCGAGACGCAAGCGAAAUCCCGAAAGGCUUCGAGGCGCGCCAAGCAAAGAAUCGUCAUCCGUCUGUUACAAGAUGCGCUGAGCACGCUUGCAGAGCCAGCGCAAGCGCUUCGUGAGCGCGUUGAUGAAUGGACUCUGCCAUCGGAGGGACGAAGCCUCGGCGCCGUCGACGACGAGGCGAGUGAGAUGGACGAAUCGCAGUUUGUCGCGUUGGUUUUGAACGCCACCAAGCAACAAACUCGGGCACGCGUGGAGGUGUCGCGCGGAUUAGUGCUUCUUUUGGGAUGCAUUCGACUCGGUCCAAAGAUUGGCUUCGCCGCUGACGCCGCCGACUCCAUCACCAAUGCUUUGCCCGCUGCGAUGAGCGCGUAUCGCUCGGCGAUUCUCUCCUCUUGGCUCCUGACGGAGCGCAGAUCGAGCUUGAGCAUCAACCGCGAAGAUCCGCCUCGCUUGGCGGUCACCCUCGCGAAUUUAGAACAUCCUGAUAUUCUCGAAUGCUCUUCUUCCGUGGGCGAUCGCUUGCGAAGCGCCGGUACCUUACUCGCCUCAGCGCUCGACGCCAGCGACGACGAACCUUCGUCUCACACGCGACGAGUGAUAGAGAUCGGUACCACACUCUACGCCUCUGGCGAAGUCGACGCCCUCGGCACGCUACUUGCGUUUGCUCGGCAGCAAGUCCCCGGAAGCGAAUCGGUCGCCAAGGCGCCGUUCGACGCGCCGGCACCGCUGUUUCUGCAAGCGCUGUGGACGUGCGCGGAUUUGGUCGGUCUCAAUCAAACCGACGACGCAAACGCCGAGCGCAACGCCUCGAUCGACAGCGCGAUCGCAUUAUUCAGUAGAGCGGCUGCGUUUGUUCCAGAAGUCGCUGGUCCAGUCGACUCCCUCCUCGUGCAGCUGUUGCGAGUGAUUCAAAGCAUUCUGAUGGGUACCGACGACGCCGCGUUUCCAAACGACGUCGUCUCGCGCUUGGAGUACUACGAAAUUGUCAUGCUGUUCUUCGAGCGUCUCGGAUGCGCUCCAGGCGCUCAGGCGGCCGCAUACGCAGCGCUGCAUGAGGUUCGAGAUGAUGAAAACCAAAGUGCACGAUUGUGGGCCAAUGCGUUGCAAUACGCCACGGACGCCGGGGAUUGGCGCGCGGCGUAUUGCGCCGCUGCGAGCACUGCGGGCGAGCAUCGCCAGGCGGCGGCGAUGCGUCGACUCGUCGCCAGUGUUUGUGAAAGGGGUGCGAAGAACGGUGGCGCGGUGCUGAGCACGCUUUGCUUGGAUGAAAGCGAGCGAACGCAUUACGACACAAUCAUAAACGCGCUCGAGGGUAGGGCGUCCACAGCGCCAGUGGACUCGCAGCCGUCGCCGAGCGAGAUCUUGUACGGAUUCUACUUGAGUCGUGGGGACCCAGCCAAAGCGGCAGUAUCCAUGCACGAGUACGCCAAUCGUUUGAGCGAGCACACGAUCGAGAUCGCUCGUAAACCCGACGUAACGUACGACGAGCUGGUCGACGCUCUCGCGCGUCAUGCCUCGGCGGCGCUCUCCUCCGCCAACGCCUUGGCCAUGGUGUCGGAUCCCUGUUCGGUGAGCUUUGAAACGGUCGUAGAGGAUGAACACAUGGAAGGAAACGAUGAUGUUUCUUCAGUAAAUGUUGUUUCGAGUGGACUGGAUACGAAGAAGAGUCCUCUGGCCACCGUCACCCGUGAGUACGUGCUCUCCGCCGCUCGCCUAGAACUCUUGCACGUGGGCUGCGAAACCGCUAUGCUUCACGUCGAUAGUGAACCUCGAAAAGUCAUUCAAGACUUAGUGCAAAGCUUGAUUGCGUACGGUUGCUUCGCGGCCGCCAAGACGCUUUGCACCGCGUGGUUGGAUGGCGAAAAGCUCACGUCUUCGCUCGCUUUAAUCGCUGGUGCCAUGGCGGCGCGCGCGAGCAUGGCUCAAGUUGGCGAUGCGUCCGUCCUGCAAGCCGAACAAGACGCUGCGUUGAAGCGUUGGAACGCUCGAGCAAGCGACUUGCAAGCGAUCGCGGGAUUAAUCGGGGUCGAAGCGCCGGUCACGUCCGUCGACACGUACUGGAACGAGUUGCGCGCCUUUGUCGAGCGCUUCGACGCGCCGGAACGCAACUUUGCCCUCUCUGAAGCCACCGCUCGGUCGAUUCUCGCUGUCAACGCCAAGCUAGCGCUCCCGAGCUGGCUCAUCAAACGUUUUGUCAACCCUACUGCGCUUUUCAGCGGCGGUGGUAUGGCAAGACGCGGGGCGGAUCCCGCGGCGCUCUUGCGCAUCUACCUCGCGUUCAACCGCGCCGAGGACGCCGCUCAGUUGGCGCUCAAAGAACUCUCGUUCUGGGCCAAGCGCUCGGCCAUCGACCGCACCGCGCACGCUGCGUGCUGGUUCCCGAUGGAUUUGAUCUUCGACGCGCGCGAUCGUUGUGCGAACGACGAUUCUCUUCAACAGCUUUGCGACGCGUUGAGCGCGGCGAUUUCGUCUCACGAGGCUCGCUUGAAGACGGACACGCAAAUGCUCGCCCAAGCGGCGUAA